CCUUAUGUUGCACUUAUUAUCUCACCACAAAAAAAUCAAGCCCCAUCGUUAAAACUUGCCCAGGGAACAUGCAAUGGUAGAGUAGUGGUGGCUCCAUUCCGACACACAUUUGGCUUACGAGCCGGGAGGAGGAUGGGAUUGAACACUGUGGUGACAAUCCGCUCCUCCCUCCAGCUGUUGGCAAGAUGGCUGUGAUGGAAGGGCCGCUCAGCAAGUGGACAAAUGUAAUGAAGGGUUGGCAGUACCGCUGGUUCGUGUUGGAUGAUGGUGCUGGCCUUCUCUCAUAUUAUACGUCGAAGGAGAAGAUGAUGCGUGGCGCCCGGCGAGGCUGUGUGCGUCUGAAGGGAGCCGUGGUGGGCAUUGAUGAUGAUGACGACUCCACCUUCACCAUCACUGUAGACACCAAGACUUUCCACUUCCAGGCGCAUGAUCCAGACGAGAGGGAGAAGUGGAUCCGAGGGCUUGAGGACACCAUCGUGAGGCACACCCCCUCCAUCAGGCGAUGGGAUCCGAGCAAGCCAGCGCCCACCAUGGCAGACUUUGACAAGAAGCUGACAGAGAGCGACGCAUACCUGCAGCUCCUCAUUGAACAGAGUGGCGUGCUGGAGCGACACAUGCUUUCCACCGACGACCAGGACGACCGCCGCCGCUGCCAGGAUGUCGUCAAUAACAUCAACAGUGUCCUCGAGUCCAUCAAACACUCCAUCGUUCUCCUACAGAUUGCCAAGAACACAGCUUUCCCAGUGAAUGGCGUUUACCACCCUUGCAAUGCCAUACCUGAAGGCUCAAACACUACCACCACUACCACCACCACUACUACUACCACAGCUGCUGCUCCCACCACCACCACCACUGCUGCAGGGGAGAGGGUGGGGGUCUCAGGGGAUGAUGGUGUGCCCCUGACGGUCUCCCCAGCAGUGCAAACAGGGAUAGAGGUUGGCCGGGAGUGUGCAGAAGGCGCUGGUUCCCUUGCUGGCGUCAUGCAGAGAGGAAUGGUUCCUUGCCCUCUUGUUCCCCCUGGCAAUGUCAUCCCGGAGACUUCAUACUCCAGCUCCGAGGAUGAAGACUUCUUUGAUGCUGAUGAUUUUGCAAGCAACGCCAGCAGUGCCACGCCUUCCCAGAGCCCGAGUGGGCCGCGUCUUUUUGAGGAUGCUGUGGAGACCAUCCCAGGCCGUGUGCACACCGAGACCGUCACCAGCCCCACCAAGGCCUCCGGUGACCCCUCGGCACACAGCCCCCUGUUGGAGCCCUCCCCAAGCCCCCAGGAUGUGUGUGGCGAGGGACAGACGGUUGGCACCCCUGUUCAGUCCCCCUGCAGGUCAGCCAGUGUCUCUGCCUCCUCCAGGGACUCAGAGGGACGCAGGGAGGAGCAGCAGCCACUCAAGAGUGGCAGUGGUUCCUUCGACUACGACCGUAUGUAUGAAGAGGAUGACGACACAGAGCUGGGGUCCAUGGAGAGCCACGGCUCCAUCAUCCACCACCUCUUGUCUCAGGUUAAGAUAGGAAUGGACUUAACAAAGGUUGUGCUUCCGACCUUUAUCCUGGAGAGACGGUCACUGCUUGAGAUGUAUGCUGACUUCUUCGCACACCCUGACCUCUUCUGCAGCAUCGCAGACAUGGCCACACCCCAGGAGCGCAUGGUGCAGGUGGUGAAGUGGUACCUGUCAGCCUUCCACGCCGGCAGGAAGAGUGAGGUGGCCAGGAAGCCGUACAACCCAAUUCUAGGAGAGGUGUUCAGAUGCUACUGGGACGUCCCUGGCACAGACUCCAAGGGUGACAAGGUGCCUGAUGGGCCAAUACCCUGGGGCACCAGUAACAACCUGUGCUUUGUGGCAGAGCAAGUGUCACACCACCCACCCAUCUCUGCUUUCUACGCCGAGCACAAGAGUAAACGCAUCUCCUUCUGUGGCCACAUCUGGACAAAAUCAAAGUUUCUGGGCCUUUCUAUCUGUGUGAACAAUAUCGGUCAGGGCUGUGUCUCCCUCCUGGACCAUGAUGAGGAGUAUAUUCUGAACUUCCCUAGUGGUUAUGGAAGGUCCAUCUUGACAGUGCCGUGGGUGGAGCUGGGUGGCACCUGUCAGAUCACCUGCAACAAGACCGGCUACAGUGCCAAUGUGGAGUUCCUGACCAAGCCUUUCUAUGGUGGGAAGAAGCAUCGGAUUUCAGCGGAAGUCUUCAGUCCUGGGGAGCGGAAACCUUUCUUAACAGUGGAUGGCGAGUGGAAUGGAGCGAUGGUGGCGAAGGCUAGAGAUUCGUCGGAGAGUAUGGCGUUUGUGGACACAAAGAGCAUGGCUACCGUCAAGAAGAAUGUGAAGCCCAUCGCAGAGCAGGCGGAGAAUGAGUCCCGCUUUAUGUGGAAGGAAGUGACGGCUGGCCUCAAAUUCAACCAGAUUGACGAGGCGACCAGUGCCAAGUUUGCCCUGGAGCAGCGGCAGAGGGAGGAGGCCAAACACCGCAAGGAAAACGGACUCACAUGGGAGACAAAACUGUUUGACCUGGUGGCUGAUAACUGGGUGUACAAGUACGCCCUGCUGAACCGCUUCCGGAACAACUGACACCAGAACACCUUGCUGUGAAGAGAGCGAGGGGCUUCAGGAUCCGUCUUGCUCUGUGCAGCAAAAGCCAUUUUUUUAUUCCGUUUUGAGUCAUGCAUGUUAAUCAAAGGCCAUGGAGUAAGUUUGUAUCCUUUGGUCGUUGUUUUGUAAGUCAGUGUUUGAUAUCUAUGCAAGGAAGUUACUCGAUUUUGUUCCCGUUGAGUUGAUGUGGCGUUGUCUGUGGUCGUCGGGAACUUGAGAGUAGUGAGCCACUUCCGCCGCACUGCUUGGCAGAGACGUGUGGCGUAGUGGAGAUCGAGGCCAGUGCAACACAGGCGACCAAAGUCAUUCAGUGUAUAUUUUGUUGGUGCUCUUUGUCAUUACAGUUGUCUUGAGAACUGAUGCUUAUAUUCCACAAUCUAUCACAUCUGUUCCUCUUUGUCUUUGUGGAGGUAAUGUAAAGCACUUCAUUAGCUAUCUAAAUAGACAUGAAAUUACCAAGACUCCCUGACAUCACUUCUCGAGGCAACUGUACAUAUUAUUAGCCUUUCUCCUCGGUAAUAAUGGGGAGGAAAGCGCCACUGAGACAUCCAUAAUAAGUUUCCAUUUUAUGUAAUUGUGUGGUCCAUCUUGUCAGGUAAAUUUUUACAUUGCGUAUCUUUGUGCUGAGGGAAG